GUAAGAACUCUUCGAUCGUAAUUUGAUCCGCCAUCUUGCAUAGCACAUGUUUAUGACCCUGCACACAGUGACCUGCGUUGGUUUCCAUUCCCCCUCCCUUUUUAUCUGUUAAAAGUUAUCGUUAGUUUGACUUUAAUGUUUUGACUUUACACGGGACAAUAUAAGACAUUGCAUAUUAAAAUUAGCCUUGUACAUAUAUUAUAUAUAAUAAUUUAGGACUUCAUAUAUAUUACAGUUUUAGUUUUGACUUUAUAUAAUAUGAUAAAGUGACUUUAUAUAAAGAAGAUUUGAUGUAUAUAAAUUAUUAGACUUUAUGUAUUACAUAUGUGUAUUUUGACUUUACAUAAAAGAAUUUGAUUAUAUUAGACAGGGCAUAUAGUCUAGCAAUCUAACAAAAUGCCUAAUUUAACUUUUUAUUGUGGAAUCUGAUAGAUUAGGUAGGAAGCUUCAAAAAACCACCGAAUACCUUUCCGGGAAAACUUCCGGCGUCACGUGACUGAUGGCGUCAAAUGCGGCAAAAAUUGUGCACAAAUCCUGCGAUAACUCGUGAACGGUAUAAAAUAUAAACUUAAAAAUGGCAUAUUUGGCAUCGGCUAAAUAAGACCUUUUGAAUGAUAUACAGUUUUAUUAGUCUGCUACAUAUUUGAAAUUUUCCUCCUCCGCAGCGACCACGAAAUUACUUUUUGAAAGUUGUUACUCGAAUUGCGCUAUUCAAAUAGAAAUUCUCGAAAACGUGAUUCUAAAAACAACCGCUAUUCAUAUCUUUACUCGUAAAACAUAAUGGAUAUUAUAGAAUAACAGGAAAACCCCCAUUGAGAGUUGAUAUGAAUGUGAGUCGGGGCAUCUGAAGAUCAUUCCGGUGUUGUGACGACAAAGCGAAGUUAUGUUAGGUGAGAAAAUGAAGUUUGAAAGAAUGAAUGAACUUGCUUGUUAGUUAUGGGAAUAUCAUUUACAUUUCUCUACAAUUUCGUGCAUUACUCUUUUUGAUCGCUUAUGUGCUGGUCGAGUUCGAUUGUUUCACCACAUUCAAAAAAUAUGAAAGAAUAUGGCCCUAUCGUCUUCAUUUCUCAGUCUUGAACAAACAAGUGAAAAAUGUUUAUUAUGUGAUGGUUCUUUUUCGCAAAAAGAUUCCCAAAAAAGUUUUUCACAGCAAGGAUGGGAGAACUUGAAGAGGAUUGCAGAAGAAUGGAACUGUAUUGAUAUCGAUCGAAAUGACAAGUAUUUCUCUUUUCGUUAUGUUCACUCGCGAAUUGGUGAUGUUAUUGAAGCAUUUGGUAAAGCUCAUAAAAAUUGUAGUAUUACAUUUGGAACGAAAGUGGAAAACUACAGGAAAAGAUACGGAGAAAUUAAGACAAGUGUUCUCGAACAAGAAUCAGAGGAUCUAACAAGUGAUGUUCAGACUAGAAGAUCACAAAGAGAAGCCAAAAAAAGAAAACAAAUUUGUUUUAUUUGUAAUGAAAGAAGGGAAAAGGACGGUGGAUCAUAUAAUCAAGCUGGACUUGGUAGAUGCGAACAGGAAAGCUCUCGUCAAAGGAUUCAUGCAAGGACUGAGCUGUUUAUUUCUAAACCGACUUGCCGAUUUCACGAGGCCGCAAAAAGACUGCAGGUAUUGAAAGGUGGACAGUCUUUUGAUCUUUAUGCCAUUGAUAUUUAUUAUCAUAAAAACUGUUACCUUAAGUAUGCAAUAAACCAGCCUUCGAGUAUUGAAGAAGAACAAGAAUCUUCGAAAGACAAAGAAAAGCAAUUCAUAAUCGAAGAGUUCUUCAGAAUAGUUGGAUGGAAAGUAAUUGGGAAGAAGGAGGCAUAUCUUCUCCACCAGUUAUUAUCAGACAUAAAGGUUAUAUGCGAAGAAAAUAACUUAGAGCCUGCUUUCAUGCACACUGUGUCAUUGAAGAGAGAAUUGGUGAAGCAAUUUGGAUCUGAGAUUGAUUUUUUUACAACAGGGAAAUACGUUAUUGUUCAUUCGGCGCUCAUGAAUCCCUGCGAGUAUAGCGUUGCAACACUGCUUGGCCAUGGACUGAGGGAUAUGGAUCACAUUCGUUCGUUUGCAAAUUUCAUCAAGAGCAAAGUCAAAGAGCGAGAGCCAGAAAGUUUACCAAAAACUCCUGAUAAAAUGAUCGCAGACUUCAACAAGGGCCCGAUGCCUGAAUUAUACAAUAUUAUAUAUGCCACGAUGUAUCCGAAUUUUAAGACCAAUGAUGAAGGUUAUGCCAUUACGCAGUCAAGUAACAUUGCCAAUAAGAUUUGGUCAAUAGCAUCAGAUUGGCAGUCGCUAAUCACUCGCCAGAAGAAUGUAAAACAAGCCAUGCUAGGACUGACAAUACACAGACUUACUGGUAGUAAAGAGGCAGCCGCACAUCUUCACAAUCUUGGCCAUUCAAUUUCGUACAAUGAAAUCAAAAAAUACAAUGAUGCAUGGUCCUCCGCUCAGAUUGAAGUACACAAACGUUUUGUGAAAGGAUACCCUCUACAUUCGACCAUUGAUAACAAUGAUGGCCGCCAGGAAACUCUUACCGGUGUUGGAACCACUCAUGAUACGAACAGCACACUGUUUCAGCCAUUUAUUCCAGGUGACAGCAUUCUUCAUGAAACGAAAUCAACAAUUCAAGAACUAGUUCCCUGUGAGGAAAUUGUUACUAACAAUAUUGAAGAAUAUCAUCUUGGUGCGAGAGCGGAUCCUCUUGCAUUUCCCGCUUAUCAGGAUGAUGAAGGCACAGAGCUCCUUGAAGAAAGCUUUCGCAGAGAUGUAGCGUGGUCAUUAGCAAGUGGUCUGCCUGCUACUGACGGUGAACCUGAUUUACCAAUGUUGGGGUCUUGGACUGCUUUCAAUAGAAAGGUUUCUGAUCGCAAGCAGAAAAAAUCGCUCAUUGAAUACAUGCCUGUAAUAAAUCAACCACCCGAUAUUUCAGUAUGCAAGAACUAUCUUGACACCCUCAAACAUGUAAUGGAUGAUCUUGGAUUAAAACAUAUUUUCGCCCACGCAGACGAAGAGGUAUAUGCCAGGCUUGUGCAGAUAAUAUGGAAGAAUAGCGAUCUCUAUAAGAAUAUCAUUGUCCUUAUGGGUGGCUUUCACCAAUUACGUGUUCGCCAGCGAUUAAUCUUUAAGAGGCAUUCGUGUAUUGGCUACAAAGAUUGGUUUGUUGACGCAGGGACAAUUUCUGCUGGUUCUGUAGAUCAAGCAUUUGGAGGGAAGCAUUACUAUCGGUGUAUGCGAAUUCUGAAAGAGUCAUUCGCUGCUCUUGUCCAGUAUCGUACAGAACAACUACGGGACAACUACGCGUCUUUAUCUGAUGGUCUGCGUGAGAGCCUGAAGUCACUGAGAGAAAAUCCAUCCACAGAAGCACUUGAAGCGGUUAUAGAAUUAGAUGAAUUUGAAGAGUUAGUUCGUGAGAUAAGUAGCUGCGAAAGUCCUCAACAAACAAUGACUGUUGCGUACUUGAGAGAUAUAUCGUCUUUACUAGCUCUGGUCUCUGCCGUUCGUGAAGGAAAUUUCGAAAGACAUCUUGAAGCAGAACGAGAAAUGCUGAAGCAAGUGUUUGCUUUCGACCACCAAAACUACUCUCGCUAUUUGACAUUUCAGCAUGUGCUAUUGACGGAUUUGAAAUCAAGCAACAAUCCAGCCUAUCAAGAACUGCUCGAGAGGGGAUUCGGAGCGAAUUAUUCGGGAGAAAAGUUUGCAACAGUUCACGGGGAUUUGGUCACUGAAUAUUUUAAUCGCGAAACCAAAGGGACAGCAGGUCCAUUCAGAUCUGGAUUUAGUACCAAUAUCGACACAACUAACAAAUAA